AUGCCUUCUUCCAAGCAGAAUAUGUUUUCCAAAAUCCUUUUGUUUGCCGUCAGCCUCCUGCUUGUUAAUUUGUGGGAUUUCCUCUGCUCUUUGCUGCAAUUUAUUCCAGGUUUAAAGAAUUCCCUGCCCAGCCCAUCAAAAGAGGAAAUCACCUUCCACGGCCCCAAGGGUUUGCAAUGCAUCUCGCCCUUAGUGCAGACGGUAGAGGAGACCCCUCAGCCCAUCCCAGCGAAGAUCAAAGGACAUAUUCCCGAAUGGAUUAAUGGCAAUCUUCUGAGGAAUGGUCCUGGGAAGUUUGAGUUUGGCGAGGAGAAAUUUAACCAUUGGUUUGAUGGCAUGGCCCUGAUGCAUCAGUUCCAGUUGGAGAAUGGCACAGUGACAUACCGGAGCAAGUUUCUGCAGAGCAGUUCCUACCUGACCAACAGCCAGCACAACCGCAUCGUGGUCUCAGAAUUUGGGACGCUGGCAAUGCCAGACCCAUGCAAAAGUGUCUUUGGGCGCUUCAUGUCACGCUUUGAGAUGCCACAACCGAGUGACAAUGCCAGUGUGAACUACGUUGUGUAUAAAGGAGACUAUUAUGUCAGCAGUGAGAACAUCUUCAUGUACAAAGUGGACCCAGAAACACUUGACACGAAGGAAAAGGUAGACUGGAGCAAAUUUGUUGCAGUAAAUGGGGCCACUGCUCAUCCUCAUUAUGAGUCUGAUGGGACAACAUACAACAUGGGCAAUUCCUAUGGGAAACACGGACCUAGGUAUAAUAUCAUUCUGGUCCCUCCGCAAAAGUCAAACUGUAGUGACACGUUAGAGGGAGCUAAAGUGCUGUGCUCCAUUGCUCCAAUGGAUAAGAUGAAACCCUCCUACUAUCACAGCUUUGGAAUGAGUGAAAACUACAUCAUUUUCAUUGAGCAACCCAUCAAGCUGAAUCUGUUGGAGAUUAUCACUUCCAAACUCCGUGGGAAAGCCAUUUCUGAUGGGAUAAGCUGGGAGCCUCAGUACAAUACUUGCUUCCACGUGGUGAAUAAGCACACUGGGGAGGUGCUGCCGGGGCAGUGGUACAGUAAGCCCUUUGCUACUUUCCAUCAAAUCAAUGCCUUUGAAGAUCAUGGCUGUGUGGUCCUCGAUCUGUGCUGCCAGGAUGAUGGAACAACUCUGGCUACUUACAAUUGCGGGGAUUGUCUAGAUCAGAUUUAUGACUCAAUAUCCCAAGCUUUCCCUCGUCGCUUUGUUCUCCCACUGAAUGUGAAUUCAGACACACCUGUGGGGAAGAAUCUGAACCCACUGUCUUAUACGUUGGCAAGGGCUGUGAAAGACGCAGACGGCAAGGUCUGGUGCACACAUGAAAAUCUCUACCCUGAGGGCUUUGAAAAGGUUGGGGGCUUGGAGUUCCCCCAGAUCAACUACUCUCAGUACAAUGGUAGGAGAUACCGCUACUUCUACGGAUGUGGUUUUCGGCAUUUGGUUGGAGAUUCCUUGAUCAAAGUUGAUGUGGAGACCAAGAAUUUCAAGAUUUGGCAGGAGGAUGGAUGCUACCCAUCAGAGCCUGUGUUUGUGCCAGUGCCUAAUGCCACGGCAGAAGACAGAGGAGUCAUCUUGUCUGUUGUGGUCUCCCCCACUGAGAAUCAGAGUGCUUUCCUGCUUGUCUUGGAUGCAGAGACCUUCACAGAACUGGGGCGAGCAGAAGUUGCAGUGCAAAUGCCUUAUGGAUUCCACGGCAUCUUUACUUCCCACUGA